AUGUAUUUGUUUCCAUCAAGCUCCGAUGAAUGCUUUCUGGAGUUCACCGACUUCGUCUUAGAAGGAACAGCCCUUGCCAUUGAGACCGCGAUCACUGUACAGGAGUGCAAAUGCCUUUGUCUCAAAGGAGAAGCCAAAUAUGGAGAAGCAUGCCAAUCAUUUGAAUACUAUUAUGACAGUAAUACAUGUCUGGUCAAUAAGCAGAAUAGGUUCUCCACUCCAGAACAUUUCAACUUCGUACCGAGCUCACAACCUCGCAGCUACUUUGAGCACAAAUGCGCCACACGA